UUUAGGAAUAUGAUUAUAUAAUUGAUUGGAUGAAAUUCAUAUACUUUUAAAGGUGGAUUUUAUAAGUGGUAUAUUGAACAGUAAAUGGUUUUGAAAUAUGGAAACAUAUCAAGAAGAAAGCUAUGAUGAGAAAAAACGCUUAAGAAUGGAAAAACGGGAAAGGCGAAAAAAAAGGGAUGAAGCUUUAACACCUGAAGAACUGAUAGAAAAAGAAAAAAGAAGACAAGAAAAAAAGGAGAAGAAAAAAGCCGAAAGAAAGAAAGUUAAAGAGGAUAAUGAUAGAAAUAAAGAUGAUAUUGAUGUUGAAAAAGCAGCAUUUCUUGUAAGAUCAGAUUCUGAUUUAAAAGAAGUUGUAGUUGUUCAGUUACCAACAAAAACAGAUUAUCCAAUAUCUCAAGUCACCAUUGAUAUACCAGAAAAUGAUAAAUCAAUUGUUGAUCUCAAGGAGGAUUUUUACAACAGAGAUUUACCUACUGAAAACCAGGUUGUAAAAAACAACAAUGAAGAUAUUGAAGAGAGACUUGCAAAAAAAAAGGAACUUAAAGAAAAGUUGAAAAGAAAAACUGAAAAUCCUGAUUUUCACUCACCUACUCCAGAAAUAUUGGAUAUCAGAGAAAAACUUCCUGAAGAUUUAAUUGCAAACGAGAGCCCAAGAUCUUUAGAGGAGAGAUUGGCUAAGAAAAAAGCUCUCAAAGAUAGAAUCAUGAAGAAAACAGAUAAUUUAAAGAUUGACAUUGAAGAGGAAUCAGCAAAAACAAAUGUAGAAAUUCCAACUCAGCAUGGCAAUUCUCAACCUGAAGUUAAAGACUCAAAUUUUGAUAUAAUCACAAUACCUCCUUUAAAUAUCAAGGAUAUUGAUACUCCAGAAACUGUUAAUGAAUCAGAUAAAUCUCCUAAAGUAAAUACUGACAUUCAAACACGAAUUGCAAUGAAAAAAGCUUUAAAAGAAAGAGUCACUCAUCAGCACAUAAUAGAAAACGAUCAAAUAGAUUCAAAAGAGAAGAUACCAAAAAAACGAGUUACUAUAAAUGAAGAGGAAAAUCAAACAGAGUUAUUCCAUAAUGAAGAAACUGCUCUUGAAUCACCUAAAUCAUCUGGUGCUCAAGAUUUAACAACACGUUUAGCAAUUAUGAGGGAGAAAAAGAAGCAAAAAGAGAAUCGAAGUUCACCACUAAAUUUCAAUGCGCAACCUUAUGAGAGCAAGCGUGAAAAUGAUUUUUCAAAACAGAUCAUUUUUGAUGAUGAUCAAUUGGAAAAGCAGCCAUUGCAAGAAGAUGAACAAGAUAUAAAUGAUGAUAUAAUUUCUGAGCGUAAAAUCAGUUUGGCUCCAUUAUCUGAUGAAAAAGAUCUUCCAUGGGCAAUGUAUAAGGACAUCAUAAACAAUAAUGAAGAAGGAGAUGAUGAAUUAGAUAUUCCUGAAGAACCCGAAUCUGAUGAUGAAAAAUAUAAUCCAACAAUCAAUAAUGGCAUAACAGACCUUUAUGAUGUGUUAGUAUCUAUGGAUGCAAAAGAGAGCCAAUUAAAUAUUAAAACACAGCCACUUUUUCAAUCAGAUCUACAAAAACAAAACCUAAAGGAUAUUACUGAGUUAAAAAAAAGUUUAGCAGAAGAGGAGAUCAAGGUUUACCUUGAUGAGUUUGAACAACGUGUUGAGCAGGAGAUUUUAAUGAUUGGGAAUAUAUCUUUUAAAGAAAUUCAGGAGGAAGAAACAAGGCUGAGAGAAGAGCAUAUUACAUUCCAGCAGUUACAAGUGAGGGUUCAAAGACAACGACAAGAAGAAAUAUCAAAAGCUAUGGAGCGUGCCAAAAAAUAUGUUAUGAGUAAAUAUAAAGAAAAGCAAAAAGAAAUACGAAUGAGAGAGGAACAUCUGAUGCAAAAAGACCGCAGUUAUAAAGAUGAAAUACAUCGUGCUUUUAGGCGUUCAGAAAGUCAGCUCAGAAAAGCAUUAAAAGUUAGAAAAGCUGAAGUGAAAACAAUGUAUGGCGACCUCACAUUUGCAGAUGGUCAGUAUGGUGGAAGCAAAGGUAGAAGGUGGAAAAUAGACUGGGAUCAAGCUCCACAACCAAUUCAAGUUAGAAUAAAAUGUUUAAGAGGAGUUAAGGAUAAAUUGCCAUGUAGUCGCUAUGUAUUAAUGAUAUCUUUGUACAAUCGUCUUGGCGGUAAUGUUAUGAAAUGGUCAAAUUUGAAAGGGCAGCAAUGGGGAGGAGCUACUUUACCUAUUUUUCAUGGCGGUGAAUUUUUUAACACUGAAAUGAAGGUUGAUCAGAGUGUGUUUACAGUUUGCCCUUCUCGUCCUGAUAUUCGUCCAGGUAUGGUGCUGGUUUUUGAGCUGUUUAUACUUAGGGGACCAGUAACUCCUAUUGACAAAGUCGUUGGCUGGGGCUGUUUUCCUGUGUGUGAUGCUGAGUUCAAUGUUAUAGAAGGAAAAUAUAAAGCCCCGUUUUUGAGAGGAAGUAUGGAUCCUGGAAUUGAUAAAUUUGAGGUUAUUGAAAAGCUAAUGGCUGAUGACUUGGAGAAUUGGCUUUGUAAUUUCUAUUUUGAAAUUAUUAAAUUACCAAGAUACAUGGCUGGCCAAAAAGAGUAUGAAGUUGAGCUGCAAUUUACUUCUGGACUUUUAAGUGCCCCAGUUAGAACUAUACAAGAAGAAGAAAAUAUAGAUGGUGAGAGACCAAUAUAUGGCUCCAAAACUGAUGUAAAUUUUCGUGAACUUUCUCACUUGAGUAUAAGGGCAACAAGUGUUGCUAGUUCUGGAAAUAACAGCACUGAAAAACCAAACUACUUGAGUGUUGAUGAUGAAAAAGCCAGUUCCAGUGGAAGUUCAGGAAACAAAGGAUCUUCUUCUCACUUUGAUUCUCAAACCAAUCAAAUAAAGCGAGCAGAAGUUAUAUCUGCUGACCUCAAAAAACGAAAGCAAUCCAAAGAUUUACAAGUUACACAAACCAUUACUAGUGUAACUGCUUCCAGACAAUUGAUUGAAGAAAAAGGACUCCAAUUUUCAGGGGACAGUGAUUCAGACUAUGAAAGUGAUUUUAAUAAUGUAAAAAAAGAUGAGGAAUUUAAGCCAGUGAAAGGCCAACCAGGAAUGUUUUAUAAGAUUCAUCACAACACACCUGCAGAGGUUUAUGCUCAACGAAUGUAUACAAUGAUGCCUAAAACACCUGUUAUAGCUGAACAUUUUCAAACAAAAAAGAAGAAGUUAACACAUUUAGAAGAACUUAGCACAUAUUCUUUUUCUGUCAAACUUCCUUUCUCAACCAAAGGUCACAUAGAGCACAGAAGUGCCAAGAAGACACAAUAUUUAAGUCGCAUGCUAUUGACAGAACUUGGUAUCUCACAAAUUAAAAGUAGAGAGUUUUGGUCUAUGAUUUUUAUGCUGCUGGUUUGCUAUUGGAUUCGAUUGUACUGCCAUUACAUUGGACAAUGGAUAGCUCUUUUAGGUUUUCUUGUUCCCUUAAAUAGAUUUGAAUUUUUACCACAUACUGUUAACUUAAACUAUCAAAAUACAUUAUUGCGUACUCGUGAAGAGAUUGCUUUAAUUGUGAUUGGUCCAUUUACAAACAUUAUAUUGUUUUGCAUAAUGAUAAUAAUAUCUGCAUUCAUUCAAUUAUUGUUUGAUAGAUUCCCAAAUAUAUUUUCAAAAUUUAUAAUGGCUUUUGGAAUUCAUUGUGUGAUGGAUCCUGUUUGGAUACUUAUUACAGAUAGUGCUUUAGGAAGAUUUCGAAACCUUGGUGGUGAUAAUCCAAUUGGUGACGGAUUUAAAUUGUAUUGGCAUUUUAACCAAUUUUAUAAUAAUGACAAUGUUACUUUAUUUAUUAGUAUUGCUUUAACAUCAUUUUUAUAUUUUGUGACAAUGUUUUGUGCAUGUUCAUUGCUUUACAUGUAUUUUUUGCGUCUUCACAAUAAUGGCAGGCUUAUGGAUGUAUAUUGGAGAUUGCAAUAUAAAGAGGAGGCUUUCUUCAUACCUCAUGAUUUGGAAAUUUCAAAUGAGGAACUUAACUAUGUAUGUAGAAAAGCUGAACAAUGGAGAGGGGAAGAGGGAGAAAGAAGAAAAACUGCAGUGUAUGAUUAUGUUUGGGAGGAAGAAGAGAUAAAUGACUGGAACGAGUCUGGUGAAAAAACAGGCACGAAAGAAAUCACAACUCACAUAUCUAUUCACACCCUUUAUCUUGAUGGUUUAAGAGAAUUAUACAGGCAUUUUUUAAAGCUACCUGACGGAGCUAUUAUAGAGGUUUUUGGUGAAAUGAAUAUACCAGGUCUAGAUGAUGGGUUAAAACAAGCAUUAAUGAAAAAAACUACCUUUCAAUCUCUUCAAUUGCCUAAAAAGCGAAAUAUAUCUCGUUCAAACUCGCGUAGUUCGAUAGCGAAAGACGGAACUUCACGUCAAAAUCGAUCUAAUUUUCUUGGGGUUUAGGGUUAUGCAAUAAAACGUUUUGUAACAUGUUUUUUGAAGCUAUUUUUUAAGAUUAUUUGAAUUUUAUUAUUUAAGGUAAAAAUUGAUAUACUUUUUUUAAUGUUUAUGUAAACGAUUU